AUGAUGAAAGCUUGUGAGAUUCCUUUGGAGAACAAGUCCAUCUUCUCUGGGUCGCUCUUCCAGUGCUUGGAGGAGAACAAGAAAUGGAGGAGCCGCUUCCUCUUUGUCCCAGACACCUACAACAUCAACUACUAUGACAACAAAUCAGCUUAUGACAAACACCUCCCCCCGAAAGGAACCAUCAACUGUGCGGGCUACAAGGUGCUGACCAGCAUGGAGCAGUACCUGGACCUGAUCAGCAGCAGCCUGCCUGGUGUGAAAGCCAAGGUGGGCAGCGCCCCCUACCUGAAGUUUCCCUUCCAGUUCCCCCUGAUCCUCUGGCAUCCGUACGCACGCCACCUCUACUUCUGCGUGGAGACGGAGAAGGAGCAGCAGAAGUGGCUCGCCGUCCUGCAGGACUGCGUUCGACACACAAACGAUGGUUUGUCCGAGGAGCAUAAAGUCCAAACACCGGCUUUUACCGACACAGUCCGACUCUACCGCCAGGCUCAAGGGCACUUUGGCACCUGGGAGAUGAUGUGUGGCGUACCAUCCCAGAUCCUGUCUAACCUGGUGAUGGACAGCCUCCUCCCUGAACUGAGGGAGCUCAUCUCCCCCCGUCUAAAAGGAAAACUCUACGAGAGGCAGAGGAACUGGAUGCUGAUCAGCGACGCCGUGUACAGCUUGGUCCAGAACCAGUGUCAGACCCAGUAUGAGGCCGUGGUGCAGAAAUGUGAAGCAAGCCGCUCGUCUCUGGAAGCUUCCAUCCGAACGGAUAUGGAUCAGAUCAUAACAUCCAAGGAGCAUGUCACCAACAAGGUCAAAGCCGUGGUUCUUCCCAAGGCUGAGAAGUUACUGAAGGUCAGCAUCGAGCCGUACAUCAGCUCCAUCCUCGACGCCCUGAUGGAGCCCACCAGCCGAGGCUUCUUCGAGGUCCGAGAUGUGUUCUUCAGGGAGCUGGUGGACAUGAGCAAGAACACCCUGAAUAACGGCACCAAGGAGAUGAUAGCUCAGCACAUGGAAAAGAUCUCCAUGCUGGCCUUCCACCCAGUGAAGAUGCAGAGCUGCUAUGAGAAGGUGGAGCAGCUGAGUCUGGAGGGUCUGCAGCAGAGAUUUGACGUCUCCAGCCCAUCCGUGUUUGUUCAGAGGGCCCAGAUCCUCAUGAGAAAGGUACCAUCUGAUUCACCGGAUUCACUGCCACCUAGUGUGCAGAUUGGAAAACUGCAGCUGAGGGCCAACUUUAAGACAUUUUAAUAAAAGUUCUUAUUU